AGGUUUCAAAAGUUGAUUUCUGUUAUUUUGAAAGGAAAUCAAUCGGCAUACUCUUUUCACUUCUCCUUGGUUGCUUGCUUCUUUGCCUAUGGCCUAUUUGGCUAUCAGAGCACUACAUGUAUCUUUUAUGGGUAACUUUUAAUUUGUUUUACGAUUUUAUAUGUAUGUAGGAGCAAAAUCGUAGUGCAGAAAACAAUAAGGAAAUAUGGAGGGAGAGAAUGGAAACGAAGAAAACUUACCGCCGGGAUUUCGUUUUCAUCCAACUGAUGAAGAGCUCAUCACUUUCUAUCUUGUAAAUAAGAUUUCAGAUGCUAACUUUACAGGAAGAGCUAUUGCAGACGUUGAUCUCAACAAAUGCGAGCCCUGGGACCUUCCUGGGAAGGCCAAAAUGGGAGAAAAAGAGUGGUAUUUUUUCAGCCUUCGGGAUCGAAAAUACCCCACUGGCGUAAGAACAAACCGAGCAACGAACACGGGUUACUGGAAGACGACGGGAAAAGACAAGGAGGUCUUCAACAGUAGAUGCACAUCAGAGUUGGUUGGGAUGAAGAAGACCUUGGUGUUUUACAGAGGGAGAGCACCCCGAGGAGAAAAAACCAAUUGGGUCAUGCAUGAGUAUCGUAUUCACUCUAAAUCAUCUUUUAGAACUAACAAGCAGGAGGAAUGGGUUGUGUGUCGCGUGUUUCAGAAGAGUGUGGGGAUGAAAAAGUAUCCCUCCGCCUCGAGAGCUGCAGUGAAUCCCUACAGUUUGGAUAUAGGAGGAGGGGGACCUGGUGUUGUACCAAUGAUGCAGGACUUGUCUAUGGGAGCGGAACUUUCAAGGGUUCUAAGGGGUGGUCCGAGUUGUAGUGCCAAUCUACCUAUUCAAUCCCAAUUCAACUAUCCAAUUCCUGGAGGUUUUACCAUAUCCGGCCUGAAUUUGAAUCUUGGAGGUUCUACGCAGCCUGUGAUGCGACCAAUGCAACCUCCGCCACUGCUGCACCAACAAGACGUUACGGCCUCUUUGAUGACCACCACUACCUUUGACCCGGAAAAUGGCUAUGGUGCAGAUCAGAUCAAUGCAAAUGUGCAGACCAACAGAUACUUGACUGUUGACCAUUGCAUGGACUUGGAUAACUAUUGGCCUACGUACUAAAGGACCAUGCAAAAUCCAAUGUCACGAAGCAUUUCUUUUAGUAUUAGUCACUACUUGUUAAGCAUACUAGUAUGUGUUUAUUAGAUUGGAAUACUAUGGGGAGUUCAAUGAGUCAUGAUUCAUAAUUAGGAACUUAAAUGCA